AUGGAAUCGAAGCGUACUCGCAAGCAGCGAGCCGACCUCAAUGGAGCUCACGUUGACUCCCACUUAUUUGCUGAGCAUGGCCUCAUGAUCCUCGCCCACCUGGAGCGACAUGUCAUGUACCGCCUGCCACAGGAGUUCCUUGUAUCGGACAUUAUCUCCAACUAUCGAGAAGAGCUCGACAGAGCCAUCUCCCAAAGCGAAAUCGAGAACAAGCUCGCGUUUUUCUGGUCUCAUUGGCACCCCGUGGGAAAGGAUGGGACGCACUGGAAGGAAAUCUACAGCCUAGGACUCAAAGGGCUGCCGCGUCUUCAGCAAGAUAAGGCAGCAUGGGUGAGGAAGAAAGCGGUUGAGUUGCAGAGCAAAGGCGGAAGCCUGCGACGCCUAAGAAGUGCUUCGAUAUUGCCGCCUGCUCUCCGCAAUACGCCUAAAAGACCAUCAGACUGCCUGAACGGAGUUGUCACAAGCGUUCGGAAGAGAAAGAGAAAGAGAGGGCGUCAUGGUAAAUCCGCAAAUGGAAAGAGAACAACGGCGACGCCAGUGCCAGAGUAUGUUCGCGAGACGCCCUUUGAAGGCUCUACCUCUCCAUUCUCUCCUGCUCCGGGAACGCCUGACAUCUCCCUCGUGAUUCGGCAUAGCGAAGAAAGUACGUCAAGUGUCGAGUCGUUUCAAACACAACUUUCCCCGACUUCUGCACGAGCGUCCCCAUCAAGAAAUUCUCGAGACCUGUCUUCGCGGCGCGGUGGUAAUGUCACUGAAGUGAAAGUCGAAUUCGUUGCAUCUGAUCAAGCUUCUCGAUCCGCGACCCCCAGCACGAGUACUGAACAUCGCCAAUUUCUCGAGCUUACGUUGGAAUUGAACGACUUGAAGAGUCAAAAAACACAGCUGAGAUCCGAUUUCGACCAAAUGAAAAGUGACAACGCUCAGAUAAUGUUGGCGUUGGAGGAGUUCAAAGUGCAAGCCGUCGAGGAGAUCCGACAUUGGAAGAGACUUUACCGCAUAGCUCGGAAACGGAGAGAUUCCCUCAAACGCCGCAACAUACACAUACAAGCAGAGCUGACCGGAUCAAGCACAGGCGUGACGAGUCAGGUUAACCUAACACUCUGCCGUGAGAACGACGCUCUCCAGGAAAAAUUGCACAGCUACCAGGCCACAGCCCGGUUCCAGAAGCCCUUAAGCGAGGCCACUCGAGCACGCACAGUGAAAAGAGUCAUCGAGCACUUGGACGGGGUACGAUUGGAGCUCUUCAAGAUCCUACAAAGUCAAAAUAACUCCUUCGCCGUUGAGAUGCUGGACUGCGCCGAUGGCUCGUGGCUUGCGCCGCUCUUCAAACGGGCUUUUGGCGUAGAAGUGAGUAUGGAUAGCUCUGGCGGCCAAUACUUUCAUACCACUGAGCUCUGCAAUGUCACCUUGCAGGCUGUUAUCCUAAGCUUGAUUUCCGCAGCUCUCUGCAUCUGGGUGUUCGAGGCCGAUUUGGGCGCGCUUUUCCAGGAGAACGAUCUCUUCUAUUCAAAUCUCCAAGGCCUUCUGGCCGCACAAGACAGCCAAUUCGCAGAGAGCCUUCAAUAUGCCACCCUCGAAAAGUGCAUCGACGAUCCUUCUGUAUGCGACCUGGCAAUUUCGAGACAAGCGCGACACCUCGCACGUCGCACUCUCGACUGCAUGCAGCCCUUGUUGGAUGCACACAGAGAUCUUGAUGAGCAAUACGUCGACAUUGCAGAUGGAUGGGUUGAAGAAGAACGGGUGAUGACCGAGAUCUUCACACAAGCCCUCCAUGCAAAGGUCCGGCUUCUCUUGACCACAGACUUGUAUAAGUGUGUCCUAUACUUACCUGGGACGCCUGUUGACCGAAUUGCCAUGGAAGUGAAGGAUGCAUCCCCCGGCAAUGGCACGGAAAGUGAGCCCGACGCCAUUCUGGGCAUCACAGUCUUUCCCGGCCUGCUUCGGUAUCCUUCGGAGGAAGGCUUCGAUUUCAAUCGCUUCCUGAAAGGGGCCAAAACGCCCAAGGACACUACGGCCGUCGUGCUGAGGAAAGCAACAGUCCUGCAGCGGUUGACUGCGUAG